AUGUCUGGCAAGGACUUCGUCAUCAAACACAUGAACGCCGAUCACGGCGACUCGCUCCAGUUGUACCUGCAAGCUUUCUGCGACAUCACCGCCCGUGAAGCCAAUGGUGCCACACUCGAGGAUCUCAGUCUCGAUAGCCUGAUCCUGCGUGCCCAGGGCACACGCUACGUGGUCCCCGUGGUCCCGCCGAUGAAGGACUUCUCCGAGGCUCGCGGCCGCCUGGUCGCUUUGCACAACGACAGUCUGAAGCGACUGGGUCGCUCCGACGUCACACUCGCCGAGUACCGUGCACCCCGAGGUGUACAGACCGUCAUCUUUGGCCUGUGUCUGUUCACCUAUGUCAGCUGCUUCCGUCGCAGCAACCUCCUGCCGGGCUCGUUUGUUUACGAGAACCUGGGAUACAAGUAUGUUCCCGACUUUGCACACUUUGUCUACAAUAUCCAGCCGCUCCUUUUCCCGGCCGUCUUGGGUAUUCACAUUUUCGAGUCGGCCCUGCUGGCUAUCCUCCGACUGAAGCCGCUCGGUGUGCCCUUCAUGUCGGGACUGUGGUGCACUUGGAUGGGUUCGUGCUUCAUCGAGGGAUUCGGAACAUUCCAGCGGAUCGCGCAGAUCGUCAAGGAGGAGAGGGCGAAGAAGGGCGGAAAGAACCUGUAG